AAAAAUCAGAACAUAGUUAAUGUCAUUGGUUCCUAACCCUAACCCCAGUUCAUUAAGCCAUACCGGACAGAGGCCAGCGCUGCUGGCGGGGAUCAAACCCUGAUUUGAUGGACAUUUGAAUUAAGAUACACUUUUUUUGUCUGAGUAACAAAGAAACAUUUCAUACAAUGUUGUUCAACUAUGCUUAAGAUGAUUGGAGUUUAGGGUUUAGAACAACUGAUAUAUUUGUAGUCUGAUGGUUAUCAUGUUGCACAAUUUAGAUUAGAUUAGAUUAGAUUACAUUAGAUUAGAUUCAACUUUAUUGUCAUUACACAUGUACAAGUACAAGGCAACGAAAUGCAGUUUAGGUCUAACCAGAGUGCAAUAGCAGCAAGUGCAGGAUAUACAGUGUUUACAAGAUUUAAAUGAGUUAAAUAAAGUGGUAAUAUAGAGUAAUUUACAGAUGUGUGUGUACUAUGAACAUAAUAUACACAUGGCUAUAAUUAUAACUGAAAUUAUAAUUAAUGAACUAUAUGGCUAUAAUUAAUGAACUGAAAAACGCAGACAGCGUUUCUUCUGGAUGUCCUCCAUGGCUGGAAGUGGAGUCCCUGUAAUGCCCUGCGCGCUGCAACAGAGCAGCUCCCAUACCAGACUGUGACACAGCUGGUCAGGAUGCUUUCUAUUGCACAGCGGUAGAAGUUCAUGGUUCUGUCAGGAAGGGUAUCUGGGGUACAGUAAAACGUUCCAAACUUAAUGCGAAUUGUCAGUGGGAAUUCCAUAUCGGAUCAGUUACUGCUGGACCACUGUUGGUCGAGGAAGGAGAGGAGGGAGAAGGUUUCAUAAAGGAACAAAAGGUAAGAAGAGGAAAGACAGGAGUAUAGGGACUCUUAACGUUGGUACAAUGACAGAGAAAGAAAGAGAGCUGGUGGACAUGAUGGAGAGAAGGAAGGUAAGAUAUACUUUGUGUGCAGGAGACUAGGUGGAAGGGGAGCAAAGUAUAUACUGUAGUAUUGAAGGGGUAUACAAACUGUUUUAUUAUGGUGUGAAUAGGAAAAUGGGGUAGGAGUGAUCCUGAAGGAUGGGUUUGUGAGGAAUGUUUUAGAGGUGAAAAGAGUGUCAGACACGGUCAUCAGUUUGAAGUUAGAAAUUGAAGGGGUGAUGUUGAAUGUCAACAGUGGUUAUGCUCCACAAGUAGGCUGUGAGUUAGAAGUGAAGGAGAGAUUCUAGAGUGAGUUAGAUGAUAGAGAUGAUAGAUAUCAGUUAGAGUGAUAGAGAGUAUUCCCAGAUGGGAGAGAACAGUGAUUGGAGCAGACUUUAACAAGCAUGUUGGUGAGGAUGAACAGAGGUGAUCAGGAGGUAAUGGGCAGUUUUGGUGUAAAGGAAAGGAACCUAGAAGGACAGAUGGUGGAGGACUUUGUUAACUUAUUUCCAGAAGAGAUAGAAACAUAGAGUUACAUAUACUGUAAGAGUGGAGGUAGGAGUAUGCAGGUAGAAUACAUUCUAUGUAGAUAAGGCCUAUCUGAGAGAGAUUAGUGACUGCAAGGUCUUGGUAGGAGAGAGAGUAGCCAGGCAGAAUUGGAUGGUGAUGUGUAAGAUGUCUCUGGUGGUCAUGAAGAAGAGGAGAGGAAAGCUAGAAAAUAAGACCAAGUGGUGGAAGUUGAAAAAGGAAGAAUGUUGUGAGGAAUUCAGACAGAAGCUGAGACAGGCUUUGGGUGGUCAGGAAGAGCUUCCAGAUGACUGGGAAACUACAGCAGUGAUCAGGGAUACAGGUAGGAGGGUGCUAGGUGUGUCAUCUGGAAAGAGAAAAGAAGAUAAGGAAACAUGGUGGUGGAUCAAGGAAGUAGAGGACAACAUUCAGAGGAAGAGGCUAGCUAAAAAGAAGUGGGACGUAGAAAGGACAGAAGAAAAUAGACAAGAUUACAAGGAAUGAAGAGAAAUGUGGCAAAGGCCAAGCGGAAAGCAUACCAUGAGUUGUAUGUCAGGAUAGACAUGAAGGAAGAUGAGAAGGACUUGUCCAGAAUAAUGAGACAAAGAUUAGAAGAGAUGAGAAGGAUGUGCAACAGAUAAGGGUGAUUAAAUAUAGACACGGAAAGGUGCUAACAGGUGAGGAGAUGGAAGGAGUAUUUUGAGGAGUUGAUAUAUGAGGAAAAUGAGAGGGAAAGAGGAAGAGGUGAAUAUUGUAGAGCAGGAAAUAGCAAAGAUUAGAAAGGAGGAGGUGAGGGCGAAUGAAGAGUGAAAAGGCUGUUGGUCCAGAUGGCAUACCUGUGGAGGUUGUGUCUAGGAGUUUUUUAAUUUUUAACAGGAUUUUUGAGAGUGAGAAGAUGCCUGAGUAAUGGAGUAGUGCCAAUAUUUAAGAACAAGGGUGAUGUGCAGAGUUGUAGCAACUACAGAGGUAUGAAAUUGAUGAGCCACACACAGAAGCUAUGGGAAAGAGUAGUGAAAGCUAGGCUAAGAAAGGAAGUGGAUAUUUGUGAGUAGCAGUAUGGCUUCAUGCCCAAAAAGAGCACUACUGUUGCAAUUCUUGCUCUGAGAAUGUUAAUGAAGAUGUACAGAGAUGGACAGAAGGAGCUGCACUGUGUCUCUGUGGAUUUAGAGAAAGUGUAUGACAGGAUGAAGAGAGAGGAGCUAUGGUACUGUAUGAGGAUGUCAGGAGUGGCAGAAAAGUAUGUCAGAGUAGUUCAGGAUAUGUAUUAGAGGAGUAUGACAGCAGUGUUUUCCAUUUCUUUUGAAUAUUCCUAUUUUUUAUGACUAACAACCUGAAAAUGUAAUGGCUUCACAACCAAGUGACACCAGCAUAAAAUCAACAUGUAUUGUCUCCUAAAUGCUCUGUUAAAAUUUUAUUCACAGACUAUGUCACAUGCCAGAAACAAGACCCAACAGAAGAGAGACAGUGGGUUUGUUACCACAGUUCCAAGUCACCAACAUAAGAAUACACUGGUUAGAUGAGCCUGCGACCGAACGUACUCCUGUAUCCGUCCAGGACAUCAUGGAGUGUGCGGAAGAUGUUGUCUGAGAUGGCCAGCAGCUUAGACAACAUCCUUCUUUCUGACACUACAGUCAGAGAGUCCAGCUCCACUCCUACAACAUCACCGUCCCUACAAAUGAGUUUGUUCAUUCUGUUGGCAUCAGCUACAUUCAGAUCACUGCCUCAGCAUGCAACAGCAAACAAGAAAGAUGUGGCUACCACAGACUCCUUCAGCAUUAUGCUGCAGAUGUUGAAGGACCUCAGUCUCCUUAGAAAGUAGAGACGGCUCUGGCACUUCUUGUAGAAAGCUUCAGAGUUUUUAGUCCAGUCCAUUAUUAUUAAUGUGAACUUCCAGAAAACAAUAACUGGGCAUGAAUUAACAGAAGCUGUUUCAACUUGUGAAGAACAGAAAGAAGCUCAAAAUGACAAAACCAGAGCAACUGAUGAUCAGAAUGAAGCUUAAUGAAAAGUACAAAGAAAAAAUGAAAACAUCAGAUGUUCUUCAAAUAACUUUAUUACAAGAGGAGCCUUGUAAAGAGGAGAACUUAGUGAAAACAUUUCUACAAAGAAUGCUAAUGAUGGACUACAGAGCAAGGUACAUUACAACUGAAGAAGACUCCAGCAGCUCUGAACACACUUAUUUAAACACCGGAGAUAAUGAAGACAACGAUGACUUUGCUGAUUUUUUUUUGACAAAGACAGAAUCUUUGGACAGUGAAACCCAUAAAUAUUCUAUUCACCCCAUGGAUGUCCAGAUGGCCAUGUUCCACUGCUCUGAUCAUUUCCUAAAGCAGCUAAUAGUGACUAAACUAGAUCAGUGUCAGUAUGCUCUGCCUCUGCUGGUGCCCAAUCCCUUCACCAGAGAGAUUGAGUUUCCUCUCUGGACUUUUCGCCAAAUCAGAAAGAGUUGGAAGAGUCACUCUGCUGCGGUCAGUCAAAACCAGGCCAUGUCUGAAGCUCAAACUCCAAUGGUGGCUUUCUUCAGGCUUGGCUCUGUUUCUUCAUCCAAGUCUCAGCUGAUGAACAGCUUGAUAAAUGAAAAACAUCAAACAUUCUUCCACAGACACUGUCCAGGAAGCAUCAAGAACCGGCUCCUGAUGGAUGGAGUGGUGGAGAUCGCUUGGUUCUGUCCAUCAGGGAAGGAAAAUAGUGAUUAUUUCACUGACUGUGUGGCAUUCUGUAAUCUCCAUGGUGAUGCAGAAGCUAAUAAAGAGCAACUGGAAAUCCUGAUUGAAAUGUCCUCAGUGAAUGUUGUACUUUUCUCUAAUCAUGAAAAAGCAGCAUAUAAGGAGAUUAUACAGAAGCUCUUUAGAGACUCCAAACCACUGAUCUGUCUACUUUCUGAGGACGAAUCAUGUGCCACUAGAUCUAAGAGUGGAAAAUACAGAAUUGGUCUUAAAGACAGAAAUCAGUCAGAUGUAGCCAAGAAUCUCAGAACAACCAUCAAAGAGUGUCUUUCAAAGUCACCAUCAAUUUUUAGAACUGAAGAUCUGAACAAACCUGAAGUGAUUACAAAAGAUGAAGAUGACCCUGAAUGUCAGAAAGGGAAAGAAGCUGCAGAGAUGAUCAUGAGCAAGUUAAAGAGAUAUAAAGGUUCAGAAUUAAAGGAAAAAUUUCUGCCCUGUCAGGGGAAGUUAUGGCACGACUGGUGUGAGAUGAACAAAGACCUGCACAGACUUCAUGGGAACAACUUAGAAAUGCAAAAGUCUGAAAAACGAAAAAAAAUGAAGAAAAACCGUGAAGAUCAGCAUAAUUACAGACUCUCUGGUCUUAUGGAACAUUUCACCUCAUCACUGCAAGAUCUAGGAGAAAAUGAAAGGUUAUUCUUUUUAAAAUGGGUUGGGAUUCUCCUGGACAAACACACCUCAGAUGAUCUUUCAAAACUUCAUGAGGAGUACAAUGAAAAGUGGAAGGCAGUUUUAGACCUAAAGAAGAAACAUGACAAAUCAGAUCAAAUGAAGCUAGAACAAAAUGAGCUUGAGAAAAUUUCAGAAAAACUGAAUGCAGCAACUUUUGGUUUGGAACACAUCCUCAGAGAGAUGGGCCAAAUAUACGAGGCUUUUAUUUCUGUACAACAAUCCAAUGAACAAUAUAAAGAAAAAACCUUCACCUCUCUCCCUAAGCUUGCAGCAGAAGUCCUGAAAUCUGGUCAUCCACUGGAGCUGAUGGAUGGAGAUGCUGCUCAUGUUCCUCUGAUCUGGGUUUCAGCAGUUCUAGAUGAACUUGUGAAGAUACUGGGGGAUCAGAGGGUGUUUGUGCUGUCAGUUAUGGGGAUUCAGAGCUCUGGGAAAUCCACCAUGCUGAAUGCCAUGUUUGGUCUCCAGUUUGCUGUCAGUGCUGGAAGGUGCACCAGAGGAGCCUUCAUGCAGCUGGUCAAAGUGUCAGAGGAGAUGAAGGAAGAGCUGAAGUUUGACUACAUUAUAGUUGUAGAUACUGAAGGACUUCGAGCGCUUGAGCUUGCAGGAAAAUCCACUCGUCAUCAUGACAAUGAACUCGCCACAUUCGUUGUUGGUCUCGGAAACCUGACCUUAAUCAACAUCUUUGGAGAGAACCCUGCUGAGAUGCAGGACAUCCUUCAGAUUGUCGUUCAGGCCUUUCUGAGGAUGAAGAAGGUCCGACUGAAUCCCAGAUGCAUGUUUGUCCAUCAGAAUGUUGGAGACAUCACUGCUGGAGAGAAAAACAUGGAAGGAAGGAGACGCUUACAGGAAAAACUGGAUGAAAUGACCAAGCUAGCUGCUAAAGAAGAAGACUGUGAAGCUGAUUGUUUCAGUGAUGUUAUUGAAUUCAAUGUACAAGAUGAUGUGUAUUAUUUUGCACAGCUCUGGGAGGGCAGCCCACCAAUGGCACCACCAAACCCAUCAUACAGCAGAAAUGUCCAGGAUCUAAAGAAAGACAUUUUCAAAAAAGCUACUCCGUCUACUGGUAUCACUCUCUCACAGUUUAAAUCACGCAUUAGUGACCUUUGGAAUGCAUUACUCAAUGAGAACUUUGUGUUUAGCUUCAAAAACACACUGGAGAUAGCAGUGUACAGAAAACUGGAGAAUGAGUUUGGAAAAUGGACCUGGACCCUCAGAAGUGUCAUGUUAACAAUUGAAGAAAAUCUUUAUAACAGAAUUGAAAAUGAAAAACUUGAAGAAAUUAAAGAACAGGAUCUUUAUUCUUCCAUGAAAAAGACCAAAGAGGAAGUGGACAACUCAAUGAAGAGUUUCUUUGAAGAGGACAAAGACAAAGACAUUUUAAUUCAGUGGAGAGUGAGAUGUGAAAUAAAAAUCAGAGAACUUUAUGAAGAUCUUGUCAAAAACACCAAACAAAAUGUGAAUGAAGUUAUACAACAUCAACAUGCACGAGAGACUUUUGAACUAAAAAGCACACAAAAAGAAUACGACACCAAACUGUUCAAUCUGAGCAAAGACCUCGCUCUGAAACUGAAAAGUGAAAUUACCGAUGAACAAGUUCUUAAAAAAGCAUUUGACAAAUUGUGGGACAAAUGGGUCACUGAGGUGACACGAGACACACCUGCAGAGAGAACUUUUAAUUUUUGGGAAGAUGCUGUAAAGAUUUUGUCUUUGGGUAAUGAUCAAGCUUCUGUGUAUAAACGAAUGUCUCUGUCAGACUACAGACAAAUAGACAAACUGCCAGAUUAUUCACCUUACGUUGCAAAUCUCAAAAGACAGAGGUUAUGUCAUUAUGUCCCUGGCAUGAAUGAACUCUCUUUUGAAGACAAUCACUUAGUACAAACUCUGGUUAUAAAUGUGAUCAAAGAAACCGAUGGAAUAAUCAAGACGACAUGCAAGAAAAUCACAAGACUCGGGUACAAAGACAGCUAUAUACAGGAAAUAACAGACCUUGUCAAGAAGAAAGUUGGACAACAUCACAGUGAGGACCAGAGAAUUAAGCUCAAAAAGGAGUUCACUCUGGAUCUCUGCCUUCAUGUGUGUGAAAGUAUGAUUAGCAGAUUUGCUGAGCACCAUAAACAAUUCAGGGAUGCAAAUGAUCCAAGAGUUUAUCUGUCCAAGAAGAAACCACAGUAUUACAAUGUCUUUAGAAACUACUGCAAAGGAACAACUACAACAAAAGUGUUUGGUGAACUGAUCUGCAGUAACCUGAGAGAAUCCAUCCUGCAAGCAGUUUACAAUAAAUCUGCCAUUGAUUUGGCAACACACAUCAGAUCCAACAUGUCAGAGUUUAACGGCAACAGGUCAAAUCUUGAGAAACACAUCUUAAAAAGUCUUGCAGAAAAAGAGGACUUUAACAAGUACAAGGAGUACAUUCAUAAUCCCCAAAAGCACUUCAAUAAGUUCAUUACAGAGAAGGUUAAUGAGUACAUUUCUGAGAACAACACAGUUCUGAACCUUUUUAAAGGAAAUCUAAAAGAGAAAGUGGAGACUGUAAGAAAUGCUGUUCACAUUGCAACUGAAGAGGUCAAGAACAGCUGUGGUGAUGCAGACAUGUGGCUGAGAAGUUUCACCAGUUCACUAACAGAUAAACUGAGCUUAAAAGAAAUAACCUUCACUGAUCACAAAGACAUUACAGACUUUGAUUUUCUACAGCAGCUUGUUAGUGAUGGUCUCACUGACAUGAUGUCAGAACUAGACAAAAGCUUUAAAGAUGUAAAAGACAUCAAAAUUGAGAAGUCCAGGAAUAAGCCAGAUGAGCUUCUGAUUGAACAUCUCUGUAAAUGCUGCUGGGUUCAGUGUCCAUUCUGUAAAGCCAUCUGCACCAACACAGUAGAGGAUCAUGAUGGAGAUCACAGUGUCCCCUUCCACAGGGUAGAUGGUAUGAAUGGGAUGUAUUACAUUAGAACAACUAAUCUCUGCUGUACUUUCUGCACAACAAAUGUGCAAAGUGAUGCAGGUUUCUACCCACAUGGGAGUGAAGGUGUGUGUAUUCCUUUCAAAUCAUACAGAACAGCAGGAGGAGUCUAUGCAACCUGGAGCAUCACCCCAGACAAUUCACAGCUCGCAUACUGGAAAUGGUUUGUGUGCAGAUUCCAGAAAGACCUGGAAAAGUACUAUGAUAAAACAUUUCAGGGUGAUGGUGAGAUCCCCAAAGAGUGGAGAGACUUCACUAAAGAACAAGCUAUUGAGAGUUUGGAUCAAUAUAUCUGAUGAAAGACAACUCUGCUAAACAAAACCUAGAAUAAACAGUAACUUUAUUAUGAACCAGUUAUAUUACCUGUAUUAGUAACAAAUGACAAAAAUUUAAUCAGUAAACAUUUAUUAGAUUCUAUUCUAUUAGAAUAAUCACUAUUUACAUGCACACUGUUUUACCUUCAUGCACUAUAUAUACACACAGUCUUUUUUUUCUUUCUUGACAUUUAAAAAUGAAUAAAGUUAUCAGUAGAAAUAUUAAUCCUACAAUGUGCUUUAUAAUCAGAUUUUUUUUGUUCAUGUUUCAAGCAUAAUAAAGAAUAUUAAAUAAUAUUUUA